CUGAAGUGGCCGCAUAUGGCCCUGAUGCUUAUGUAAGACACAUUUCACUAUAAAAGAAAGUCUCUGAACAUCUCUGAGCAUUACCAGGCAAAAAGAUGUGCAUCAAGCUGAACCUCAAGGAAAGUUCUGGAAAAUUGGUUCUAGGCACAUCUUUCAUCUGAUUAUUAUAUUUAAGCCUGCAAGAGAAUUAUACUGAAACCUACAAGGAAGCAAUACAGGUCUGCAUUAAUACUUGGACAUAUCCAGCUUUUUAUCCUUCCAAUGAUCUUAUGAAUUGGAUCACUCUUUCCUCAAAUUUACAAAAGAAGAAAUGAAACUAGACGACAGUCCCAAUGGAAGCAAAAACUAGAAAAUGAGGAAAUUUCAAUAAAGAAAUAAGAAUUUCAGCCUGGGUUUAAUCCAUUUCUGUGCUGUAAAGAGGGUGGAAUAUUUUCCAAGAACCAGUGAUCCCAACUCUCAACCUUUAUUGUGCCUCCACAUGUAAAUGCACGUUGUAGAAAUCUUUGGGGCAAAACCUGUUUUCUGAAUGAAAUGUCCCUUCCAGUGAUUUAAGUAAGUGAGGGUCCUAGAGCUAUCAGCUGCACAAGAAUUAUGUCUUUUUCAGCCCACACGAUUAACCUCUUUUGGAUUGGUCUCUUAAGUUUCUGUGUAGACAGUUCUGUGUGCAGUGAAAAAAAUAACACACUUAUUUUUACCAAAGAAAAUACAAUUCGUAAGUGCAUGUGUCCUGAUAGUAUUAAUGACUGUGAUUAUAGCUUGGCAAAUCUAAUUUGUAACUGUAGGACUGUUUUGCCCUAUACAGUAGACAAAACCUAUUAUAAUAAUUUGGUAAUUUGGUUUACUGAAACUGAUAUGUUGAGGAUCCUGUUAAAUGUUACAUCUGUACAUAAUCUAAAACUCUCACUCUGUGGCACUAUUCCUUUGACAACAAAAUAUUUGACUAUUUGGGGAUUACAAAAAUUACAGAUAAGAAGUGAGAAUAAUGGCCAAUUAAAACAACAAAGUUUAACAAUCUCUACUAACUGUGACAAUGGAGCCCAAGGCAAGUUAAUGUCAUACAAAGACAAAAACAUGAUUACUCAUGUUGCUGUUUUAGACACAUCUCUUUUCAGUGGAAGUGGCCCACUGAAAGCAUACAGUGUAGAAAAUAUUUCUAACAUUUCAGACAACUUUCCACACUUGGACAAUUUUUUUUCUCCAAGUAACAAAAGUUGUAUCAUAACAUUCAUUUAUUAACAUACAAAUCUUGGCCAUUUAUAUAAUAUAAACAUUAUAAAUUGGGUCAUCCUGAUAUAUUGUAGAAGCUAAACUUCUAUUGCUCUUUAUAUUACAAAAUAAUAAUAAUAACAGGGAGAUGAAUAAACUUUAGUCCUAAUAGCCCCUAUUUCAGUAUAAUCUACAGAAUGCUAUAGAAUAUUUUAGCUUAAUUCAACCCCAGAAUAGUUUUGUUCCAAAACUAUUAAUAUUUGUAAGUCUGAGCAAAAUAAGAGAAAAUAGUUUUCUUGAGAACAUAUCUGAAAAAAUGCAUAAAUCUGCUUUUGCAUAAUGGAUUGCACUGGCAUAUAAUUAAAAUGUUUGCAUUAAAGAUUAGUAUCAUUUAAACUGGAAUUGAUUAAUAGCUUCUAAAAUAAUCUGGGUUAAAAGCUAAUAUUACCUGAGUGGGCAUAUAACAUAUUUUUUGUAGUAUAAGAUUAGAACGCUGUUUAGAUGUUAGAAAUUGCUAUCUCUAUCUGAUCUAUUUGGCCAAAUAAAGUUUUUCUUAAUCUCGCAGUCCGAAGCUCCCGAUUUUCUGCAACAUUUAUGACGAGCCUUAGCCAGGAUAUUGAGGAGCGAUAUUUCGCUGAGGACGGCGCCAACUGACCAGUGCCCAAUUGAGGCCGUCUAGUCAGGUGCCAACAGGGAGUUUGUCUGGGAGGAGACUCACGACCCCCCUGAGCACUUGGUGGACACCAACCAAUCCAAGAACUAAAUAAAGUUUUUCUUGAUCUCACAGUCCGAAUCUCCUGAUUUUCUGCAACAUGAGAGCUUUAUCUUUAAUCAGAUAGGACUAUUCUUUAUCUUCUUUUUUCUGUUUUCUUUUGCUAGCAUGCCAGGUGUAACUUAAAACAAUGAUUCAUGGCCUUACCAGCAUGCAAUUAGAAAUAGCAAUGCAUUUGAUUUUGUUUCUCCUUAUCGUCUUAUCAUACAUAUUCUUCUUUUAUAUUCAUUAGUUUGCCAUGAUGUAUGCAUAAACCAUGAAUUAGAAACAAGUGGAUAUUUUUCAUAGGCUUUCAGCAAAUAAUUACCAUUCUCAUUCCUUUUUGGGUAUCACAACAUAAUCAUUUUUCCUGUAGUCUUUCAUCUUCUCAAUCUCUAGCGCUGAGACAGCCAAUUCGGAUGCCUACUUGGGACAACUGAUUCAAAGGUAACUCCCCACCAAAAGUCCUGAAAGAAAAAAAAGUGUAUUAUACAAUUUUGAUAUAACGUAUUGUUGCAGAGAGAUGUCAUUAAAUCUGACAUUACACCAUCUGUAUUACAAAUUGAUAUGUAUGGCAACUGUUGCAGCAAAAACUUGAUAUACCAGAUAUGCCUGUGAUUUAAUGGACAUUACUCAGUUAAAUGAGAAUGAAGUCAAAACCAAAUUUUAUCCGUUCUAACAGAAGUCCAUUAAGCCACGAUUAUAGUGUUGCACACUUUAAUAAGGAAUGAUUAAUAUGUAGCCUACUAUAUUUUAUUCCCAGCGCUUUGAAAAAUCCCUUGCUGCUUGGCCGGAAAUGUAUGUUAUUUACCAUAUUAAACCAAAGGAUAUUUUGAAAAUC